UUUUUUUUUUCUGUCGGUUCUGUAUCUGUAGUAGGUAAAGAUGCACGGUUUAGAGUUAGAUCCAGAUCAGAACUUAGCGUAAUUAUUAAUCAUUUUGAUAAAUAUCCUUUACAAAGUACUAAAGCUCUUAAUUUCAGAUAUUUCUGUGAGAUUCUUAAUCUUAUUAACGACAAAGUUCAUACUAAUAUACCAGGUUUUUUAAAAUUAGCUUCUUUAAUAAAUAGAUUGAAUAAACCUUUAUCUGAUUCUUUAUUAGCUAAAUUAGCUCUAUUAGGUCCUUUGCCUAAAGUAGAGUUUGAAACAUCUUAUAAUUUUAGUUCUGAAAACAUGGUGCAAAUUCUAAAUCCCUUCUGGAUAUCUGGGUUCGCUGCUGGUGAAGGUUCAUUUACUUAUUUUACAAAAACUCGUGUGAAUUCAGCAAACAAAACUGUUAAGGAUUAUUUUCUUGUGUUUGAAGUUAGUCAAAGAACGCAAGAUUUACAUUUAUUAAAUUUAAUAGCUUCUUAUUUUAAAACAGGGAAAGUUUACACUGAAACUAGCGGAGUUAGCAGAUUUAGAUUAAGUGGUAAAGAUCAUAUUAUUAGUACCUUAGUACCUCACUUUAGAGAUUAUCCGUUACAAGGUCAUAAGAAUCUACAAUAUUUAGCAUGGUUAAAAGCAGUUCAUCUUUUAACUGACCAGGUUAAAACAAAGGAAAGAGACGAAGAAUUAGAAAUAUUAAUAAAAGAUUUAUCUAGUUUAAAAUAA